AUCAGUUCAAUUAAUUUAGGCUGAGCAGUGUGUUUUGUUGUCUGUUGACAUUUGUUGCUUUUCAUGUCAUCAAAUAUUCAUGCUUAGCACCUUAGUUUUUUAUUUUUCUUUUUUGGGUUAAAUAGGGCUAUGUUAAGAACAUCACACCAAAGGGAUGCUUCAUUAUGCUUUCUCGGAAGCUCGAUGCGAAAAUCCUUCUCUCAAACUUGUCUGAUGGCUAUGUUGAAAAUCUCGAAAAAGAAUUCCCUAUUGGGAAACUUGUUGUUGGCAAGGUGGCAUCUGUGGAGCCUUUGUCUAAGCGAGUUGAAGUCACCCUUAGGACAUCAAAUGCAAGCAAAACACAAAAAAGUGACAUAAAUGGUUUAAAUAGUCUCCAUGUUGGAGAUAUUGUUUCUGGCCAGAUUAAGCGCAUUGAAUCAUACGGUUUGUUUAUCACAAUUGAUCAUGCAAACACAGAACAGCUGCUAUGGAACUUCUGCAGUUUGAGUAACUCUCUGUGGCUACAGAAGCUGUAUUUUUUAUUUUCUUCUGUUUUUCAAACUAUUAUCAGGAUAGACAACGAAUUUUCAUAUUUUAUGAGCAAUUAUGACAUUCAAGCUCCUUCAAAGCAGAAGUAUGAUGAUGCCAUUGAGGAAAAAGAUCACAUGGUGGGUACUCAGUUAACAAUGUUGCCAGAUAGAGGCUCAUUGGGGAUGCAGAAUUUGGACUUUGAAUGUGAAAAUGGGCAGCAUCUUCUUCUUGCUGAAGUGGAAGCGAGGGCUUCUAUUCUUCCACUUGAGGUCCCUCUCGAUGAUAUAGAGAAAUCAGACAUGGUUAAUGCUGCUUGUCAAAAUAUAGAGCACGUUGAUGAUGCUGAUGCUGUAGAUCAAAAGAAUAAAAGCCAGGCAAAGAAGAAAGCCAAUGAAGAGAGAAUGGAAAUUGUUCUGCUCAGGGAACGAGAAAUUAGGGCUGCUGAAGAAAGGCUAUUAGAGAAAGAUAUUCCAAGAAGUGCUGAUGAAUUUGAGAAAGUGGUUAGAAUUUCCCCAAAUAGCAGCUUUGUCUGGAUAAAGUACAUGGCAUUUAUGCUUUCUUUGGCUGAUGUUGAGAAAGCCCGCUCAAUUGCUGAGAGGUAAUCAUUUAGCUGUAUUAUUAGUUUCCAGUUUGCUCUGGCAAAAA